AGCCUCCACAGCUGAUGGCCUGAAUUUCGAUAGAAACUAUUGCCGUUCAUCGAUUGCCAUUUGCCAUCGCUAUUUGUUUACUUCUGAAAAUGAGCUACAGAUCGGGCAAAACAAGUAGAAAACGGCAUAAUUCCGCGCGUCAGCCUCUUAAUUUGGUGGAUUUUAGCUUUUUGGAUCACAAAUCAGCAUUAAGUGGACACCUGUUCACCAAGAGCACCAGGCAUCCGGUCAGCCUCGUAGAAAAUGCAUCAGAUUUCUGGCAGUUUGUCAACAAAUAUGAGUCUAUGCUGCGUAGCAUGGGGCAGCCGGUGUUACCCUGCCUGCUCAACGAUUCCGAGCAUGAGCAACCGCAGCCCUAUCAUAAGAGCAAGCACCUGCCCCUGCAGCUGGACGAGGAACAGGUCAAAGACUGCGAGGGUGACGAGCUACAAGCACAAUUCCAGCAGCUGGUGCUCAUCUACUUGGACUUCAAGCAAAAAGAGAAAUUUAAUCGCAUCAAGAAACUGAGGGAAGCUCAAAAGGCGCUACCCAUCGCCCGCUUCAAGCAGGACUUGCGUAGCUCGCUAGAGGCCAGCCGUGUGCUCAUCGUUGCCGGCGACACGGGCUGUGGAAAGUCAACGCAAGUGCCACAAUAUCUUUACGAAUUUGGCUACCGCAGCAUAGCUUGCACACAGCCACGUCGCUUGGCCUGCGUCUCGCUCUCGAAGAGAGUAGCCCACGAGCUGCUGGACGACUAUGGCAGCAAAGUGGGCUUCCAGAUACGCUUCGAGCGGAACAGAACUCAGCACACGCAUAUUCUGUUCAUUACUGAGGGCUUGCUCCUGCGGCAGCUGGCAAUGGCGGACAAUUUGGAGCAGUACGAUGUGCUCAUUCUCGAUGAGAUACACGAGCGCAAUCUCUUCGGUGACUUUCUGCUGGGCGUCACGAAAUGCUUGCUGCGCGCCAAGCCGCAAUUGAAGUUGAUUCUGAUGUCGGCAACGAUCAAUGUGGAGCUCUUCCAUGGCUACUUCAAGGAGGAGGGCGCACGCCUGCUGCAAGUGCCAGGUCGCCUGUUUCCCAUCAAGCUGAAGUAUAUGCCGCCUCCGGCGCUGGAGCUGAAGGCGGGACAAGCCACAGCCGGCAAUAAGCGGGAGAAGAGCUCGCGACUCGACCCGGCGCCGUUCAUCCAAGUGCUCAGCCUCAUUGACCAGCAAUAUCCAACCACUGAACGUGGCGAUGUGCUGAUCUUUGUCAGCGGCGUCAACGAAAUCGAUGUCGUUUGCGAUGCAGUCCAGGAAUACGCCAAGGAGCAGACCCACUGGCUGCUGCUGCCACUGCACAGUGGCUUGGCGCUGGCGGAGCAGGAUAAGGUCUUUGACUAUGCGCCCGACGGCAUGCGCAAGUGCAUCGUCUCGACGAACAUAGCUGAGACGUCGCUGACAGUCGACGGCGUCCGCUUCGUCAUUGACUCGGGCAAGGUCAAAGAGAUGAGCUACGACGCCAGCUGCAAGGGGCAGCGGCUCAAGGAGUUCUGGGUAUCCAAAUCCUCAGCGGAGCAGCGCAAAGGUCGCGCUGGACGCACAGGCCCAGGCGUCUGCUUCAGACUCUACACACAGCAGCAAUUCGACGCCUUUGAGGCAUACCCCUUGCCGGAGAUCUAUCGCGUGCCCCUGGACACAAUGCUGCUGCAAAUGGUCUCCAUGGGCUUGCCGGAUGUGCGCGCCUUUCCCUUCAUAGAGGCGCCCGACGCGGAGCGCAUAGAGCAGACGAUUCUCUCACUCAAGCAGCAUUGCGCCUUGAGCGUGGAGGAGAAGAUCACGCCGCUGGGCAGCUCGCUGGCCCACUUGCCCGUUGAGCUGUCGAUUGGCAAGAUGCUGCUCAUGGGCUGCGUGUUUCCCGAGCUCGAGCAGCUGCUCACGUUGGCCGCCAUGCUGAGCGUGCAGAACCCGCUGACGACGCGCGCCUUCACCGAUCAGCGUUGCGAACGCGAGCGCCAGCAGUACGAGUCGGAUCAGGGCGACCUCUUCACGCUGAUGCGCGCCUUCCACGAGUGGCUGCAGCUGAAGAUGUCCAGGGAGAGCACCAGGAAGUGGUGCCAAAAGCUGGGCAUCGAGGAGCAGCGCUUCUACGAGCUGUGCAAGCUGCGCCAGCAGUUCCAGCGCAUACUCGAGAGCUGUCGCAUGGCCACGCCCAAGAAUGAGCAGCUGGACAGCAGGGAGCGUGCGCGUCGUCAUGGCGAGCUGCGCCAGUUGAAGGCGUUGAAGCGGCGCCAGCGCUACGAGCAGCCCAGGCAGCGCAAGCUGCUCAAGCGCCAGCCCCAUGAGGCGGAGCAGGAAGACGACGAGGAGCUGGGCGAGGAUAUGCGCGACGUGGACUUCCGGCUGCGCCAUGAUCAUCGCCAGCUAACGCUGCUCGCUCGCUCCGCCCACUUGAGCAGCCAUCGGGACGUCGUGCUGCUGAAGCUGCUCCUGGUGAGCGGCUUCUAUCCACAGCUGGCCAUUGCGGACGAGUUCAACUACUGCAAGGGCGCCAGCCAGCAGUUCUUCCACACGCAACUCAAGCCAUUUCUCUCGCUGCACCCAAACUCGCACUUUGCCAAGGACUUCGAGCUGCUCAAGCUCACAGAGAGCGAUCUGCAGGAGAAGCCCUUCUACUACACGCCCAAGCAGCCGCUCAGCGAGCGCCACCAGCUGCUCUGCUAUCAAUCGUUAUUGGAAACAGCGAAGCCAUAUCUGAUGAACUGCAUCCGCUUGCCAGCAGCUCAGACGCUGCUGCUCUUUGGCUACGCCAUCGACACAAACGUGGGCCUCUCGCGCAUCGUCUGCGAUGGCUGGCUGGGCUUGGACUUUCCACAGCCGGGCAGCGGGCUGCAGCUGCUGAGCAAGGCCAUCGAGCUGAGGAGACGCUGGAGCAGUCGCCUCUACGAUAAGCUCAACGAGCUCAACAGCAGCAGUAAUGACUCGAGUUCCGUUGCUGCUGCGCCUCUCCACGUAGGCAGCGAUUCGCUGUGGUCUGAUCUGCUGGACUUUAUGAGUUUGGAUGUUGCGUACAGCAUUAAGCGGCUGCUGCCUGCCGACCAGAAGACGCUCUACACCCGCUCGCCUCCAACCUAUCGACUCGCCUCCCUCUCAUCGAACCCUUUUGCCGCCGACUUUCCGCUCAGCGUGAACGAGGAGAAGGGCGGCCUCAACGUCUCCGAGCAUGUGGUCUAUGGCUGCUUGGCCGAGCUGCCCUGGACGCUGGCCAUGGAGACGGCACUUCAAGCCCAGCCCUGGCAGUGUCCUCGCUGUGAUUACGAGCUGGAGCAGUUCGAUGUGUUGGAUCAGCUGCUGCAUCGCCCUGAGUGCAAGGCACAACAGCGAGCACGUGUAUCUAACGAGCGGGACGUGACUGUGGCGCCCACGAGCAGCUCCCGCGGUGGCAGCGAUCAUCAUUGCGAGAGCUGUGGACGCCAUCUAAAACUAUCAAAGGUCGAUAUACUGCGUCAUCGUCUCAGCUGCACGAAGAACAAGUAAUACUCAAUAUCACAGGACAGCAGUGUAAACAUGACUGUGCAGCCGAGACACAAACCAAAUCCGACAAUGCUCGCGAGCGUUUUCAACCGCUUUGCUGCCAACUGCAAAAUACUUAGACAAAAGUACGUAAUUUAAAUGAAUUGUAUAAUCACAUACAAUUUUGAAAUGCUGUGCGAUGCCAAAAACUAGCAACUGUUAGCUAAGACACAAACCACUCACUUCUGAUCCAGUGCAUGUUUCAGUUAGUUAAGACACAGCGCAAUACAAGUUGAGCUGCACCCGCUUACAGUGCAGUCGCGCAUAUUGGUACACGUUUAUUUAUUGUUGCUAAUAAAUGAAUAAUUUCUGAAAAUUGAAAAAUAAUACAA